AUGAAGUUCUCCAAGAAGAAGUUCGCCAAGGAGGUUCUGUAUGAGUUGGAGCUGGCGAGGGACAAGGCUGUCGUGGAAAGGGGUAUGGGCCUUGGCAAGGUCAGCGGGGAAUUCGUGCCUGGUGAGACAGAGAAGAAGACUGUGAGGGAUGAAAGGCAUGGCAAGUGGGUGGACAUUGUUGACCCAACGAGGAUGUAUGUCCACGAAGCAUGGGUGAAUCGCGGCCCGUGGAGAGGCAAGAGGCCGAACUACAGGGCCAGAGGCCGAACGGAUAUCAUCAAAAUGCCACAAGCUAGUAUCACGAUCCGCCUCAAGGAGGAGAAGUCACGACUUCGGGAGUACGAGGAGAAGAAGGCGAAGGAGUACCGUCAAGGACCCUGGGUCCACCUGCCUAACAGACCUGUCUAUGCACAGCGACCGUUUUACUCCUGGUAGGAGCUGGGUGUAGCUGUUGGACAGAGGCUUGGAUCGUAGGGUUCUUGCUCACAAGGGGGUGUCCUUCCAAUUUUGUGCCUGAGGCUGCUACAAAUUUAUGUAUAAAUUAAAUGAGCCACAUGGUGCCAAUUUUCAGUGUAUCUG